AUGGAUUCGUUUUCUUUUGUUUAUGUCAUUCCAAGCCCACUCAUCCCCCAAUACAAUGCAGCCCCAGAGGAGCGAGUGUCCUUUACGUCUGGUCUUGAGCAUCUUGAUCUUACACCCUAUACUCUUCUCGAGCAUCGCUUUACAAAGAACCCCCUUCAUCUCGGCGCUCUGCGAAGUACACUGAGUGGAGGAAGAGAGGUAGAAAUUUUGGCAGAUGAGGUCGCCACGUCUUUUGCGACGUCUUGGAAAUUCCCUACUCAAUGGACGACAAUUCCAAACCUUUACUAUAGCCUUUUGGAUAUCAUCACUCGCGAUGUGAAUCGCGCUUAUGUGGGACCGGAAUUUUGCAGAAAUCGUGAUUAUAUUGAGACCAUCAUUAACUUCACCCCCGAGGUAGUGAGAUGCCGCACCAUCCUGCGGAUGAUCCCUCGGUUUCUUCGUCCAAUUUUUGCCCCUUAUGUCCUUCGCCACAAUCGAGCUCGUCGCGACAAAAUCUACUCUAUAUUGAAGGAUGAUAUCAAGAGGAGGAAGUCAAUGAUUGGACCCAAGCCAGAUUCAAGCAAACCGACCGACCUUCUUCAAGCUCUUAUAGUCGAGGCAAACAAAAGCCCCCAAGCGGCCGCUGAGUUGGAUCCCAAAAUGCUAGUAACAAGGCUUUUGGCGCUAAACUUUGUCGGCAACCGCACCUCUUCAGUUGCAUUUACCCACGCUAUCUGGUCACUGCUACACUGUGAGUCCCAGCAACUUGGGUACUGGAGUGCCAUGCAGAAGGAAGUCGAGAAAAUAUUUACUUCCGAUGAGUCCAUCGAGGUUACUCAGUCGAAAAAGCAUUAUCAGGCCCAGGGCGCUCGAUGGAUGCGGUGGAAUAAAGGCCACACGGAACAGAUGGGCCUAAUUGAAAGUUUCCUCAAAGAGAGCCUGCGGUAUAAUACUGAUACCAAUUUGGAAUGCAAGCGAAUGAUAAUGGACCCCGCGGGAUAUCGAUUUAAGAAUGGCGUGCAUCUCAAGCAUGGCACAGUCAGUGCGGUGCCGAUUUGGCAAAUUCAUCAUGACCCAGAUCUCUAUCCCCAGCCAGAUGACUUCGAUGCACGUCGCUUCUACCAGGGAAAUGACGGGACGCAGGCUAGGAAGGUCAGCAUGCAGACGACGAGCGAGUAUUUCCUUGCCUUUGGUGUGGGGAAACAUGCAUGUCCUGGAAGGUUCUUUGCAUCGCAGCAUUUGAAAUUGUUGAUGGCUUUCAUUCUGUUGAACUACGAGGUUCAGCCUGUGAGCCGCCCAGACGAUGAGUGGUAUGGCUCAAGCCAUAUGCCAAACAUGGCGGCUGGCUUGACCAUUAGAAAGAGAAAAUUCUGA